CAUUCUCCUGGACCCACGUGGAAGUCGCGCUCAGGAUGCUGCGUCGUGAGGCCCGUCUUCGCCGGGAGUACCUGUACCGCAAGGCCCGCGAGGAGUCGCUGCGAACCGCCCAGGAGAGGAAGGAGAAGGUUCGGCGCGCCCUGGAAGAGAAUCGCCUGAUUCCCACCGAGUUACGCCGGGAGGCUCUGGCCUUACAGGGUUCCCUGGAGUUCGAUGACGCCGGCGGUGAAGGUGUGACCAACCACAUGGAUGAUGAAUAUCGAUGGGCAGGGGUCGAGGAUCCUAAGGUCAUGAUCACUAUCUCCCGAGACCCCAGUUCCCGUCUCAAGAUGUUUGCAAAGGAGCUGAAGUUGGUGUUCCCAGGUGCCCAACGCAUGAACCAUGGCCAGCAUGAGGUAGGGGCACUGGUGCGAGCCUGCAAAGCCAAUGGUGUCACUGACCUGCUGGUUGUCCAUGAACAUCGAGGCACACCUGUGGGGCUCAUUGUCAGCCACCUGCCCUUCGGCCCUACUGCUUCCUUCACACUGUGCAAUGUGGUCAUGUGGCACGACAUCCCUGACCUGGGCUCCGUGUCCGAGGCCAAGCCUCACCUCAUCAUGCAUGGCUUCUCCUCCCGACUAGGCAAGCGGGUCUCCGACAUACUCCGUUACCUGUUCCCUGUGCCCAAAGAUGACAGCCACCGGGUCAUCACCUUUGCAAACCAAGAUGACUAUAUCUCCUUCCGGCACCAUGUAUAUAGGAAGACCAGCCACCGCAGUGUGGAGCUGACCGAGGUUGGGCCUCGCUUUGAACUGAAGUUGUACAUGAUCCGCCUGGGCACGCUGGAGCAGGAGGCCAUAGCAGACGUGGAGUGGCGCUGGCACCCGUACACCAAUACUGCACGCAAGAGGGUCUUUCUGAGUGCUGAGUGAACCCACACGCU